AUGUCAAGGAUGGCGACCACCACCAUACAGCUGGUGCUCAUCGUGUUUCAUUUGCUGGUGGCGGCGGCCUCGACUCAGCGCGUGGCGCUGCCGGGGUGCCGGGACAGGUGCGGCAACGUCACCGUCGUCUACCCCUUCGGCAUCGGCGCCGGCUGCUACCGCGACGCCGGCCAGCAGGGCUUCCAGCUCGAGUGCGACGUCUCCGGCCCCGGCAGCUCCCCGCCGCGCCUCACCGUGUUCGGUUACAAUCACCGCCUGGGGGCCCUCUCCCUCGCGUCCGGCGAGGCCCGCGCCUACCUCAACGCGACGAGGGAGUGCUACAACUCCACCGGCGGGCUCCUUGACCGGAAAGGCACGUUCAUGUCCCUCGGCACCAGCCCUACCUCUUCUCGUCCACCAAGAACCGCCUGGUCGCGCUCGGCUGCCCCAACCUCAGCUUCUUCGUCGACGCCGCCGGCUACUACGUCAGCGGCUGCAUGUCCGUGUGCCGGCCGUCCCGGUACGCCCUGCCGGGCCCGUGCACCGGCGUCAGGUGCUGCCAGAGCGCGAUACCGCCCGGGAUCAGCUUCUUCGAGCCGCACCAGCGCAACUUCCCGCCGCAGCACGACGACAACUCCGCCUUCAUCAGCAACGCCACGUUGUGCCACUACGUGUUCCUCGUGGAUGCGGACUGGUUCACCUACAGCGACCGUGUCUUCCUCAACCGCACCGACGACUUCGACUGGGCCAGACAUCGACGAGUGCCAACUGAAAGGCGAAUACCCGUGCUACGGGGUCUGCACAAACACGCAGGGAAGCUACAGUUGCCAGUGCCCUCCCGGGACAAGUGGAGAUGCCACCAGGAAGGAUGGCUGCCGGCCAAAGGACAAGUUCACCUUAGCUCUGAAGAUCUUUACAGGAGUCAGCGUGGGGGUGUUCUUGUCAGUGUUCAUGUGCUUCUGGCUCUACUUGGGGCUGCAGAAGAGAAAACUCAUCAAGGCAAAGCAGAGCUUCUUCGAGCACAUAGGAGGCGUCAUCCUGCAGCCGUAG